UGCAUUUUCUUAAUAGUUUUGAUUCAAUAGACAAUACCUGUGCUCAGUCAUCCAGCCUGGAUUUACAGUAGGGGCCAACACUUUCAUCCACGGUCUCUACUCCAGUCCUACUUUUUCUUACCAAUCUCUCAAACUACUUCAAAGGUCAGUCACUCCUCCAUCCAGGGCUAUGAGAGGAAGAGACAAGACCCAGCUCAUAUCAACAUGCAAGAGUUGAGGAGAGAGAAUGGGAGUUGGGCUGGCAAUGUUCAAGGGACUGUAUCUUCACUCCUCCGCCAUGCUUGUCAGCCUCCACCUCUCCUCUUCCCCUUUCUCCGACCGUCGCGUCCUGUCUUUUGUCUCCCUGGCUUCUUCCUCCAAACCGCCCCUCUCCCUCUCUCUCCUUCUCCUCUCUCUCUUCUUCUUCCCCACCUGCGAGUCUCGCCGUGGAGGCGGGAUCGGGACGCCCAUUGGGGGCAUGAGCGGCGGCGAGCGCGGCCAGUCGAUAAUCAGCCCUCCUCAUUAUCCGCCACCAGGAGUUAAUCCAGUGGGUCCUCCAUUGCCACCAAAGUUUGCUCAAGGCCUCAGCAUCGCAGUGAUCCUUGUGGGAAACUCCAGUGAGGUGUCCCUCUCUGAAGGUCUGGAGAAAGAGGACUUCCUCCACGUGCCUCUCCCUCCGAAAGUCGAACUGGUCACGAUGAACGAAACCGACCCCAAGAGUAUCAUAAACCGCAUCUGUGCUUUGAUGUCGCGGAACUGGCUCCAGGGUGUGGUGUUUGGGGACGAUACCGAUCAGGAGGCCAUCGCCCAGAUAUUGGACUUCAUCUCAGCUCAGACGCACAUCCCCAUCCUGGGCAUCCGUGGAGGCUCUUCCAUGAUCAUGGCAGCCAAGGUAUGA